CCGCCGCAGCCGGCGGUGGCGGAAACCAGCCAUCCUUCCCCCCUACAAAAUCUCAACAAUACAACCGCCCGAUUUACCGCCCUCAACCGCCGGCGAAACGCAGGCGAAGUCGCCGCGGAUGUUGCUGCGCUUGCUGCUGCUGGCUCGUUCUCAUCCUCAUCACCCUCGUCCUCCUCGCCGCCGUUGCAGGCGGUAUCUUCUACAUCCUAUAUCAACCUCAACGCCCUACCUUUUCCGUCUCCUCCCUCCAACUCAUAACCCUCAAUGUCUCCAAUUCAAACCAGUUAACAUCCAGGCUUAACGUCGCCAUCAGCGCUCGGAACCCUAACAAGAAGCUCGUGUACAUCUACGAUCCGAUCUCGAUCUCGGUGACAUCUAACGGUGCUGAUUUAGGAGACGGAUCUUUACCAGGGUUUGUGCAAGGGAAGAAGAACACGACUGUAGUGAGGGCGACGCUGAAAAACUCAGUGCAGAGCGUAGAUCCAUCAUUAGCGGCGGCUUUGAAGAAGAGCACUGUUGAUUUAGAGAUUGAUUUGGAGACGAAGGCUGGGGUUAAGGUGGGGGGCUUUAAGACGAAGAAGAUGGGGAUUAGAGUUCACUGUGAGGAAAUCAGGGUUAAUGUUCCAAAGGGGAAGAAGACGCCGCCGCCAUCGACGGCUGACAGUAGCUGCAAAGUUAAGCUUCGGAUCAAGAUCUGGAAAUGGACAUUCUAGAUCUAAUUGUUCGUUUCUUGCAAAAUCAGUGGGGGGGGAAAGAAUAAAGUUGCAGAGAUCUGGAUCGUAAGAGUGAAACCGUUCGUUUUGUAAAGUAAGGUGAUUGCUGGAUAACUUUUUAAUUUUUUGGGUUUUUUAGGUUUAUUUGGA